UAAUUCUACAAUGAAAUGAUUCUCUGUGUUUCCAUCAGAAUCAUUGACCAGCUUGAUGGAGUCCGCCUGGUGUGGUCACUGCUAAAGAACCCCAGUGCAGAAGUUCAGUCUAGUGCUGCAUGGGCCCUUUGUCCGUGCAUUGAGAAUGCUAAGGAUGCAAGGGAAAUGGUCCUCUUCCUGAUUGGUGGACUGGAACUGAUCGUUAAUUUACUGAAGUCAACAAACAACGAGGUUCUGACGAGCAUUGGUGCUGUCGUCUCCAAACUAGCCAAAGACAAGGAGAUCCUGGGGGUCCUCACUGACCUCGGGGUUGUCCCCCUGCUGGCCGAGCUGACUAACACAACUGAUAACAGGCUUCGCUGCAACCUGGCCGAGGCCAUCGGCCACUGCUGCAUGUGGAGCACCAACAGGGCGUCCUUUGGUGAAUUUGGAGCCAUCGGCCACUUGGUGCGUUACCUGAAGUUGAAGGACAGGUCAGUCCUCCUGAGCACAGCCAUGGCCCUGUACCAACUGUCCAAAGAGCCCAACAACAUCAUCACCAUGCAUGAGGAAGGAGUCGUUCAGCCACUGAUCCACCUCACAGCCUCUGAUGACACCAAACUCCAGGAGUUUGCUGCUGGAUGUGUUCGAAACAUCCGUCUCCUGGCCCUGGCCAAUCAGAGGACAGCUUGAUUAAAUGAGACCCACUGAUCUCAGCAGAAACCUUGGAAAUCCCCCAGAGACUGUAGGAAAGGUAUCAGCAGAACCUGUUGUUUCCAGAUACUCCAAACAUCAGGAACCAGAGAUUUAACAAGAAGAAGGUGGAAAUGAUACCGAAUAAAAAAUAAAUAAAAUGAA